AUGAAAGUCUCCUCACACUCCAGGGGAGGUGACCCUCCUCUCUUCUCUGUGGAAUCAGAGUGCACAUUCCUGGACUUCAUCAAGGGAGGGACCCAAAUAAAUUUCACUGUGGCCAUUGAUUUCACCGCGUCUAAUGGUAACCCGUCCCAGUCCACCUCCCUCCACUACAUGAACCCGUACCAGAUGAAUGCCUAUGCCAUGGCCCUGAAGGCUGUAGGGGAGAUCAUCCAGGACUAUGACAGUGACAAGAUGUUCCCUGCUCUGGGGUUCGGAGCCAAGCUGCCCCCUGAUGGACAGGUCUCACACGAGUUCCCUCUGAACGGUAACAUAGAGAACCCUUACUGUAAUGGUAUAGACGGCAUCCUGGAGGCCUACCACGAGAGUCUGAAGACUGUUCAGCUCUACGGACCAACCAACUUCGCCCCUGUAGUCAACCAUGUGGCCAGGUAUGCUGCAGCAGUUCAGGACGGGUCCCAGUACUUCAUCCUCCUCAUCAUUACAGAUGGAGUCAUAUCAGACAUGGCUCAGACCAAGGAGGCCAUCGUCAAUGUCGUAGUCCCCACCCCAGACCCCGGAUCCGCCCAUCGCGCAGGGCUGAACGUCGUGCCUGGACUGGGCACCGGCGCAGAGGAAGGCUCCGGCCUUGGAGCGGGACUGGACUCCGUGUCUGGACUAGGCACCGGCGCAGAGGAAGGCUCCGGCCUUGGAGCGGGACUGGACUCCGUGCCUGGACUUGGCACCGGCGCAGAGGAGGCUUCUGCCAUGGAGCGGGACUGGACUCCGUGUCUGGACUAG